AUGCGCUUAUUCAAUGAGGCAUCAAGCCUCUCAUGGAUGGGUUUGUUGGCUACAAUUCUACUAGGCACUUCAACUGUGCAGGCCAUGGAGUUGGAUCUCGAUGAUGAAGACUCGAUCAAAAAGGUAGCCAAGCAAGUCGCGACAAACAUGAUGAGUUACUAUACCGGCAUGAACCCUGGCGAUAAUCCCGGCAACUUGCCCGACCCUUACUACUGGUGGGAGGCAGGUGCGAUGUUUAACACACUCAUCGAUUACUGGUUUUAUACGGGCGACGAUACCUGGAACGAUAUCACCAUUCAGGGUAUGGUUUGGCAGGCUGGAGACAAUAAAGCGUUUAUGCCUAACAAUCAGAGCAAAACUGAGGGAAACGACGAUCAAGUUUUCUGGGGCUUCGCUGCUAUGUCUGCCGCGGAGCGAAACUUCCCCAACCCACCUGAUGACCAACCUCAGUGGCUUGAAAUGGCCCAAGCAGUCUUCAACACCCAAGCGCCCCGAUGGGACACCUCGUCAUGUGGAGGAGGCUUGCGCUGGCAAAUCUUCACGUGGAACAAUGGAUACAAUUACAAGAAUACUAUUUCCACUGGUGGUUUCUUCAAUCUUGCUUCCCGUCUGGCAAAAUACACCAAAAACGAAACCUACGCGGAAUGGGCUGAAAAAGCCUGGGAUUGGACCGCCGAUGUUGGAUUCAUGACUCCCGAGUAUCGCUUCUGGGAUGGAGCUAGCGACCUCAGCGAUUGCAAACCGAUCAACGAGAUCGAAUGGACCUACAACGCUGGUGUUUACUUGCUCGGUGCUGCCAAUAUGUAUAACUUGACCGAAGAUGCGAAGUGGAAGGAUCGCACCCAAAAGAUCAUAGAUGCUUCAAGUGUUUUCUUCUCACACGACCCACCCAACGUCAUGUACGAGCGAGCCUGUGAGACAGUCAAUACAUGUAUGGUUGACCAGCGGUCGUUCAAGGGUUAUCUGGCGCGUUGGAUGGCUCAGACUACCCAAAUGGCUCCUUUCACGUUUGACCAAGUCAUGACACGGUUGAGGGCUUCUGGAAAGGCAGCUGCCAGGACUUGUACUGGGGGUGAGAAGAACAAUGUAUGCGGCCUAAGGUGGACAGACCAGAAGUGGGACAAAACGAAAGACUUUGGCCAGCAAAUGGCUGCCCUCGAAGUAAUUCAGGCAAAUCUGAUCACUCGAGUCGCAGCUCCAGUUACCAACGAUGACGGUGGUACGAGUAAAGGAAACCCGAAUGCAGGGUCCAAGCCCCCCAAAACCGUUCCCCCUGGUCUUGACUACUCCAUCACUACAGGUGACAAGGCUGGUGCUGGUAUUUUGACAGUGCUGGUGAUGAUCGGCAUUGGCGGAUCCUGCGGAUGGUUGAUUUGGGAUUGA